CAGUCUACCAGCCAAAUGCACUUGUCAUAUUUGUCUCUAAAAUCGAUUAUCUGGUAUCUUGAGCCAAAUUCAAGAAUCCAGCUAUCCCAAAGAUCCCCAGCGUUCAAGUCGAUCGAUUUUCAAGAUCCACUCCAAAUCGAGCAACUGAAGAUCAACGAGCACAGCUUGACAAUCAACAAGACUAUCUACAAACUGGAAGUCGAGAGCUCAUUGGGUUCUCGGGCGAUCUUUGAUCUUGAUCAGUUAGGUUCUGUGGAUCUUACCACAGUUUUGGAGCAACGUCCAGAAGAAAUUUUAGUCGAUGGGAGAUCUUUCCGAUGGAAUGGAAACAGUGCAGUAAAACUGAAAGAUCAAUCGGAGUGUGAGCAGAUCCGGCAAGAAGCGGAACGGAUAUCUGGGAUUCAGGAUGGAGAGGAAAAGGAUAGAGCAUUGAAUAGAUUCAGGAGAAGAGCACUGAUCUACCAGGGCAAUUUUCUUCGGGGUUAUGCUCGAACUAAUCCAACUGCUCCUCAAGUUACCAUGAUUCAAAUUCCGAUCUCCUACUGCAUCAGGCUCACUGUCGGAAAUCUUCACACGGAAAUCGUAGGCUAUACCUUGAAGCUUCAUGACGCGAUCAAUUACCUUGCUAGGUCACUGUUGGGUGGUCGGAAGAAUAUUAAAAUCAGAAAGCUUUUUCUAAGUUGUGUUGGAACUAUCCGCAUACCUGCGAACCUCGAUCUUCAAUUCAAACAUCUAGAAGUUCGAGGAGUAAACACUGAUAAAAUUGUGAAAGCCUUCCAACCACUCAUUGAGAACCUGAAGGAUCCACUGGAUAUCUUUGAGAUUAUUGAUAAAGACUUUGCACAGCUCACAGGCCCCAUUUAUCAAUCUGCACGUCUACUGGUGUUCAAUGGCACAUACCAACCUUAUCAGCUUGCUGAUAAAAGAAACAUCCGCUUUACAAGCGCCUUAGGCAUUAUGGAAGAGUAUUUAGGCCUUUAUUUGGAUUAUUGGGUCAAUAAUCGGAAGGAAGUCGGUACGUGCUGGACGUUCGAGCUGGAUCAGGAAUCGGAAGCAAGAGUGUUCCUGGGAGUUAUAAAGAAAGAUGGUCGUGCUGAACAAUGUGAAGAGUCGAGCGUCACAUUUCCGAUCGACAAGUCUGCAGAGAUCUAUAUUUAUAUUCAGGAGAUUGAGAUUGGAGGAGUGGAGCAGAGGAACAGAUGGGAGCUGAAUUUUACAGUCCGAGCAAAGAGCUGAAAGAACAAUUUGUGAAUAAGCAUAAUUUUUACCUUGGUUUGGUUAACUUUGUCUUGAAGUCUUGAGCUUCACAAAUUCAAUAAAAACGUUUUCUGUUAA